GCAUAACAGCCAAAGAAGCAGAGUAUUUUAACCAACAGAAUGAGCUCUCAAGGCCAGAUCUUAUUCCUUUCCCAGCAUGAACCUGGGCUACAAAGAAACCAGCUUCCUCAUCCCUGAAGAUUCACAGUCACUGUUCCAAAGGAGUGAACACAGCAAAGACUCGGUCUUCUUCAGAGAUGGAAUCCGGCAGAUCGACUUUGUCCUGUCCUAUGUGGAAGAUGUGAAGAAAGACGCAGAGCUGAAGGCAGAAAGAAGACGAAAAUUUGAACAAAAUCUCAGAAAGACAGGUCUUGACUUGGAAAUAGAAGACAAAUUGAACUCUGAAGAUGGGAAAACCUAUUUUGUGAAGAUCCAUGCCCCCUGGGAAGUCCUGGUCACUUAUGCUGAAGUGCUGGGAAUCAAGAUGCCUAUUAAGUUGAGUGACAUCCCUCGGCCAAAGCACCCACCCCUGUCUUACAUGCUUGGGCCUGUGAAGCUGCCAUCGGCUGUGAAGUAUCCUAACCCUGAGUAUUUCACUGCCCAGUUCAGCAGACACCGUCAGGAACUCUUCCUCAUUGAAGAUGAGGCCACUUUCUUUCCAUCCUCAACAAGGAACAGAAUUGUUUACUAUAUUCUGUCACGAUGCCCUUUUGGAGUAGAAGAAGGGAAGAAAAAGAUUGGGAUCGAAAGACUGCUGAACUCGAGCACUUAUUUAUCUGCCUACCCACUCCAUGAUAGCCAGUAUUGGAAGCCAUCAAAAACUGGUCACAUGAGUGAAAGGUACAUCCUUUGUAAGAACUGGGCUCGAUUUUCCUACUUUUAUAAGGAGCAACCUUUUAAUUUGAUUCGGAAUUAUUAUGGAGAAAAAAUCGGUAUCUAUUUUGUAUUUCUCGGGUAUUACACAGAAAUGCUGUUGUUUGCGGCACUGGUUGGCUUAGCCUGCUUCUUCUACGGCUUGUUUUCGAUGGACAGUAACCAAACUAGCACUGAAAUCUGUGACCCUAACGUCGGAGGUCAGAUGAUCAUGUGCCCACUUUGUGAUGAAGUGUGUGAUUACUGGAGACUGAAUUCCACGUGUUUGCAUUCAAAGUUCUCCCAUUUGUUUGAUAAUGAGUCGACUGUGUUCUUUGCAAUCUUCAUGGGGAUCUGGGUCACAUUGUUUCUGGAGUUUUGGAAACAGCGACAAGCCAGGCUGGAGUACGAGUGGGAUCUGGUGGACUUUGAAGAAGAACAGCAGCAGCACCAGCUGCGGCCUGAAUUCGAAGCGAUGUGUAAACAUAGGAAGAUGAAUCCUGUGACAAAGGAAAUGGAACCGCACAUGCCUCUAUGCCAUCGCCUCCCAUGGUACUUUGUGUCAGGGACCACAGUGACCUUCGGGAUGGCUCUCCUCCUCAGCAGCAUGGUGUCCAUCAUUGUCUACCGCCUGUCAGUCUUUGCUACUUUUGCCAGCUUCAUGGAAAGCGAAGACACCCUGCAGAACGUGAAAAGCUUCUUUACCCCACAGCUGGCCACCGCUCUCUCUGCAUCGUGCCUGAGCUGCAUUGUCAUCUUGAUACUGAAUUUUUUUUAUGAAAGGAUAUCUACCUGGAUUACGAAAAUGGAGCUACCUCGAACUCACCAGGAGUAUGAGAGCAGCCUCACUCUGAAGAUGUUUCUCUUCCAGUUUGUGAACUAUUACUCAUCUUGCUUCUAUGUGGCCUUCUUUAAAGGGAAGUUCGUGGGAUAUCCUGGGAGGUACACAUAUAUGUUCAACAUAUGGAGAAGCGAAGAGUGUGGUCCUGCAGGCUGCCUGGUAGAGCUGACCACCCAGCUAACCAUCAUCAUGAUUGGUAAACAGCUUUUUGGAAACAUCCAUGAAGCCUGUCAACCCUUGAUUUUUAAUUGGUGGAGACGCCGAAGAACCCGAGCCCACUCUGAGAAACUGUAUAGUCGUUGGGAGCAAGAUCAUGACCUUCAGAUUUAUGGACAUCGUGGGCUGUUCUAUGAGUACUUGGAAACAGUUAUCCAGUUCGGGUUUGUCACGCUGUUUGUGGCCUCUUUUCCCCUGGCACCCCUGUUUGCUCUCUUGAACAACAUUAUGGGAAUCCGAGUGGAUGCCUGGAAGCUGACAACUCAGUACAGGAGACCUGUCGCGGCAAAAGCUCACUCCAUAGGUGUCUGGCAAGAUAUUCUUUAUGGGAUGGCCAUCGUUUCUGUUGCAACUAAUGCCUUCAUUGUCUCAUUCACAUCUGACAUCAUCCCCCGGCUAGUUUACUUCUAUGCCUACUCAACGAAUUCCACAGAGCCCUUGAGAGGAUAUGUCAAUAACAGCCUGUCAGUGUUCCUGAUAGCUGACUUUCCGAACCACACAGCACCCCUGGAGAAAAGAGACUUCGUCACCUGCAGCACGUUGUGUUUCUAUUUAAAUUUUUAUUAGCAUGGAUGAUACCAGAUGUUCCCAAAGAUGUCAUAGAGAAAGUCAAACGAGAAAAGUUAAUGACUAUCAAAAUUAUUCAUGACUUUGAGCUCAACAAGUUGAAAGAAAACUUGAAUGUUGAAUAUGGUAACAUCAUGAAGAAUGUUCCAGUUAAUAAUAACAAAUCAUCCCCAGGUGACAAACCUUCAGUCUAAUCCACACACAAGUGGAGAAGCUUCGUGCCCUCUCUUGGUCCACUGUUGCCUCUGGAUUUCAGGCUGGAUGCUGGAAGCCAUAUAGCCAUUUGUUUUUCUUUCCUUCUUUUAUUUGUAACUCAGAGUCUUUAUGCACUUUAAUAGAGGCUGGCAGUGUGCUUUUAGAAGAGAACACAGGCUGGCAUCAUCCACUGGGCAAUCCCAGGAACCUCUGGGGUCCUGUAAACAGUUACAGGUGUGAGCCUGUGGAUUCAGAAUCUGGGAAAUCAUGGAUUGUUGCUACUUAGAGUGAAACCAUGGCCUGUGGGGGCAGGUGCUCUGUCACUACCCAGGGAUACUGUACAUCUCUACUGUCUCCUGUUGAGAGUUUUCCAUCUCCCUCCCAACAAGAAAAAGCUUGUUUCAAAAAGAAAGCUAGCAAAGAGAGCCACCAAGUCAUAAAACAUCUGCUGUGGUAUUUUACACAAAUGAAAGCCAAAAUCAGAAGUCUUGGGAAAUGUCAUCUACUAACAAACACUGGGUAAA